AUGCCCAGCCGGACCUGCUUAGAGCUGGGAACUCAGGAAGAUGAGGAACUCUCGGGGGCCAAGGACCAUAAGAUUGAGCCUCCACUGGAGCUGGCCCAGAAGUCACUCUGGGGGUUCAGGAAGGUCUCCCCAACAAGGAGCCCGGGACACACAUGCUAUGGCCUUGUCUCCCCAGGUCUUGGGACCUGGGGUCCUGCUGGAGUUCUGCGUUGGAGGGUCGCACCUCAGUUGUGGGGCCCAGAAGUGCCUGAGGUCACCGAGCCCAGCCGCCUGGUGGGGGAGAGCUCCGGGGGAGAAGUCCGGAAGCCGCAGUUGGACACCAGGGUCCGCCAGGAGCCACCCGGUGGCCCCCCUGUCCACCUGGCCCAGGUGAGUUUCGUCAUCCCAGCCUUCAACUCCAACUUCACUCUGGACCUGGAGCUGAACCAUCACCUUCUCUCCUCCAAAUACGUGGAGCGCCAUUUCAGCCGCGAGGGGACCACCCAGCGGAGCACGGGGGCGGGAGACCACUGCUAUUACCAGGGGCGGCUCCGAGGGAACCCCCACUCCUUCGCUGCUCUCUCCACCUGCCAAGGGCUGCAUGGGGUCUUCUCGGACGGGAACUUCACCUACAUCGUGGAGCCCAGAGAGAUGGCCGGGCCUCGGGAAGCCCCCCGGGGACCACAUCCCCACCUCAUUUACCGGACCCCGCUCCUCCCAGCCCCCAUUGGAUGCAGGGAACCAGACUGCCUGUUCGCCGCCCCUGCCCAUGCUGCUCCUCCGGACCGGCCGAGGCUGAGAAGGAAAAGGCAGUUUGAGCAGAUGCGACAGUCCGUGGUCCUCACCAGCAACUUCGCCAAGUCCGUGGUGAACCUGGCUGAUGUGAUGUACAAGGAACAGCUCAAUACCCGGAUAGUGCUGGUUGCCAUGGAAACGUGGGCAGAUGGGGACAAGAUCCAGGUGCAGGAUGACCUCCUGGAGACCCUGGCCCGUCUCAUGGUCUAUCGGCGGGAGGGCCUGCCUGAGCUCAGCGAUGCCACCCACCUCUUCUCGGGCAGGACUUUCCAGAGCACCAGUAGUGGGGCUGCCUACGUGGGAGGCAUCUGCUCUCUGUCCAGGGGUGGGGGUGUGAAUGAGUACGACAAUAUGGGGGCCAUGGCAGUGACCCUGGCCCAGACGCUGGGGCAAAACCUGGGCAUGAUGUGGAAUAAACACCGGAGCUCAGCAGGGGACUGCAAGUGUCCAGACAACUGGCUGGGCUGCAUCAUGGAGGACACUGGGUUCUACCUGCCCCGCAAGUUCUCGCGCUGCAGCAUCGAUGAGUACAACCAGUUUCUGCAGGAGGGCGGCGGGAGCUGCCUCUUCAACAAGCCCCUCAAGCUGCUGGACCCCCCUGAGUGCGGAAACGGCUUCGUGGAGGCCGGGGAGGAGUGCGAUUGCGGUUCUGUGCAGGAGUGCAGCCGAGCGGGCGGGAACUGUUGCAAGAAGUGCACCCUGACUCACGACGCCAUGUGCAGCGACGGGCUCUGCUGUCGCCGCUGCAAGUACGAGCCGCGGGGUGUGUCCUGCCGAGAGGCCGUGAAUGAGUGCGACAUCGCGGAGACCUGCACUGGCGACUCUAGUCAGUGUCCCCCCAACUUACACAAACUGGACGGUUACUACUGUGAUCAUGAACAGGGCCGCUGCUACGGAGGUCGCUGCAAAACCCGGGACCGGCAGUGCCAAGCCCUGUGGGGCCACGUGGCUGCCGAUCGCUUCUGCUAUGAGAAGCUGAACGUGGAGGGGACAGAGCGUGGCAACUGUGGGCGCAAGGGGUCCGGCUGGGUCCAGUGCAAUAAGCAGGACGUGCUCUGUGGCUUCCUCCUCUGCGUCAACGUCUCCGGAGCCCCUCGGCUGGGGGACCUCGGAGGAGACAUCAGCAGUGUCACCUUCUACCACCAGGGCAAGGAGCUGGACUGCAGGGGUGGCCACGUGCAGCUGGCCGAUGGCUCAGACCUGAGCUACGUGGAGGACGGCACAGCCUGUGGGCCCAACAUGCUGUGCCUGGAUCACCGCUGCCUGCCAGCCUCUGCUUUCAACUUCAGCACCUGCCCGGGCAGUGGGGAGCGCCGCAUCUGCUCCCACCACGGGGUCUGCAGCAACGAAGGGAAGUGCAUCUGCCAGCCAGAUUGGACGGGCAAAGACUGCAGUAUUCACAACCCCCUGCCGACGUCCCCGCCCACGGGGGAGACGGAGAAAUAUAAGGGUCCCAGCGGCACCAACAUCAUCAUUGGCUCCAUUGCCGGGGCUGUCCUGGUUGCAGCCAUCGUCCUGGGCGGCACAGGCUGGGGAUUUAAAAACAUCCGACGAGGAAGGUAUGACCCGACCCAGCAGGGGGCAGUGUGAUGCUGGCCACGUCAUCCCUCCGCUGUCCCUGUCUCCAUCUCAUUUGUCACCUCGCAUUCUGUUGAUGGGAGCUCAGGGCUGAUUCCCCCACCCCCGCUGUCACUGCUGUCCCUGCAGGGGUGGGAGAGGAAAGUCCUUAGCCUGCCCUUGCCACUUCCUCUUGCCCAAACAUCCCCUCAGGCCCCGGUCCGU